AUGAGUCAAGAUUCUAGCAAGAAACUCACUCCUGAGAUGAAUGCUUACGGGGUAAAGGUAUUGGGUUUGAAAUCCAAAACCCCAAAAUCUUCAAAGGUUUCAAAAUCCUCUCCUCAUACCUCUGAAAUCGCAAUUGCUCAAGGUAUUCCUCAACCAUCAUCUGAUCCGAGUAAGAUGAAAGGGAAAAAGGCUCGAUCCAAGUCAGAUGCGUCCAAAGCAAAGAAGAAGAUGGUAACGAGAAGCUCUGAGGCAACCCAGGGAGUAAAUUUCGAGGCUGAAAUCAACUCAAGUACAGGUGAUGAUGUUGCUGAUUUUCGUAUCACUGAAGUGUUGGACACUCCUCUCAAGGAAGUUUUACAUGCAAAUGUAGAUCCAAUUGUUCCAUCACCAAGCAACAACCAAUCAAGCCACGGUGUUGAUACUGAUUGCAACAAGGAUUCUGAUCAUCUUGAAGAAGAGGUAAUGGUUCCCAUCUCUACUCCCUCUGUUGAUAAAGAUAUGCAUGUCGAGGAUGUUCAGAAUGUCAUUGAGAACUCAGAAUCUGAUGAGGUGUUGCUCAACACCCUUGGUGCUUCUGCUUCUGUUGCUUCAAAGAGGAAAAAGAUGACUGUUGUUCGUAAGUACUCUACGCGUUCCUCUGGCAAGAAGUUAGGUUUGGGUUUGAGUGAGAACAAGAAGCGCAAGAAGGUCAUUAUUCUUGAUGAUGAUACUCCUGUUGUCCAGAAUGUCAAGAGAAAGGUUCACAAAGACAAUGCUGCUCCUGUUGUUGAUGAGACUCCAAUUGAGGAGUUGGAUAAGUCAGAUACUGGUCCUGCUGCUCAGAAGCGUAAGAUUGGGAAACGAAUUCCAGAAAAUGUGCCUGCUGCUCCUUUGGAUAAUAUUUCUUUUCACUCUGAAGAGAGUGUUGGUAAGUGGAAGUAUGUUUAUCAGCGCAGGAUUGCUCAAGAGAGGGAAUUGACUGGUGAGAUUCUGCAUUGUCAAGAAAUCAUGAAACUUCUUGAGGCUGCUGGGUUAUUGAAAACUGUUACUGAGAUAGGUGGCUGCUAUGACAAGUUGGUGAGAGAAUUUAUUGUGAAUGUGACUACAAAUUGCACUGUUUCUGGGCAUCCUGAGUUCAGGAAAGUUUUUGUGCGUGGUAAGUGUGUCCAUUUUUCACCUGAGAUCAUUAACCGGUAUUUGGGAAGGAGCACUGUUGCCACAGGAAAUGAAGAGCUGUCAUUGAGUGCUAUCACUAAAGAACUCACGGCUGGUCAGAAUAUGGUAUGGCCUGCUAAAGGAUUGUUGUCUUCUACUUAUUUGAGUGUGAAGUAUGCUAUCUUGAAUCGCAUUGGUGCUGCAAAUUGGGCUCCUACUACACAUAGCUCAGAUGUUUCUUCAGGUUUGGCAAAGUUAAUUUAUCUGGUUGGAACUCAAACUCAGUUUGAUUUUGGUGAAUAUGUCUUUGCUCAAACUAUGAAGCAUGCUGAAACUUUUGCUGUCAGGCUUCCUAUCAGUUUUCCUUGUUUAAUUUGUGGGAUUAUUUUAAGUCAACAUCCUCAAAUUCUCCUUGAUGAUGAGGUUCCUAGCAAGAAAGCUAGUCUUCUCACUAUUGAUUCCAGGCUGCUAGCUGGUGCCCAUGUUUCUGAUGUUGCUGAUUUGGCUGAGAUGACUCAGGGGGAGGGUACUUCCUCUUAG